CUCGCAGGCGCUGGUGGUCCGUGGGGCCGAGCGGCCGGGGCGCGGGGGGCUCGGCGAGGGGCCCCCAGACUGUGCGGCUGCGGCCACACCUCGCCCGGCACAGCCGGCUCCACCGGCUUCCCCAGCUUUCCCUGAGACUCGUUUUUCUGCCUGGCGGUUUCCUGGAGCCAAAUGGCUCCUGCCUGCCUGCUCGGGGUCUGCGGCCUCCUCGGCGCCUGGUCAGUGGUGAUGGGACACCCCUGCGGUCUUGACCACCAGGGAUGGGCUGACUGCAACAGGAAGAGCCUCCUGCAUGCUCCAAGUUCCCUUCCAAGCAACAUCACCGGUUUGGACCUCUCCUUCAACUCCUUGGUCGUGCCCCAUCACGGGACUCUCUUGAUGCAUUUCCCUUCCCUGCACUCCCUCAACCUCUCCAGCAAUGCCCUGCUGGUGCUACGCCCAGCAAUCUUCUCCAACCUCAGGGCACUGCGUCUGCUGGACCUGAGCAGCUGCAGCAUCACCUACCUCCACACGGACGCUUUCAAGGGCUUGGGAAACUUGCACACACUGCUCCUAAGAAACAACAGUCUGCAAGAGCUUGAGGUCCCUUUCUUCCUGCCGCUGAAGGCUCUUUUCCACCUGGACCUGCAGCACAAUGUGAUGGUCUCUGUGGACACUCGGAGCCUGCAGCUGAUGGAGGCAGUCCCGUGGGUCCAGCUGGAAGGGAACCCCUGGGCCUGUGACUGCGGCGCGCAGCCUCUGCAGCAGUGGCUGCAGCGCAGGCAAGCUGUGCAGGUGACCUGCGCGUCGCCCCCGGGGCUGCAGGGCCGGGAGGUCGCAGCUCUGGAUUCCCAGGACCUGGGCUGCCCGAUGAAGCGGCGGUUUCCUCGGUGGGUCAGCACGGCGCAGCAGAUCACAGUGACCCACAGCAACACCACCACACCGCCCGCCGGGAAGGGGGGAAGGAGCUGGCCGUACCUGGUGGGCUUCCUGGUGGCAGCAAUCGGCAUCUCCAUCCUGAUUGCGCUGGCUGCCAAGUGCAAGCUCUUCCACAAGAACUUCGCCAGCUACCGCCACCGGCCGCUGCCCGAAACCAGCUCGAUUGGAGGCAGCCCCAUGGAGGAUGGCAGCAGCUGGGACCGGGGCUCCUCAGGCCGGGGGGACUGCGAGAGCCAUCCCAUGCCCCGUGCUGCUGACCUGCAAGCUGAGGAUGAUGACGGCUUUAUUGAGGACAACUACAUCCAGCCAAGUGAGCAGCUGCCGGAGGAAGAGGAGCGGGAAUUGCACCUCUCCAUCUGAGCCUGCAGCCCAGCCUCCACCCCCUCACCUCCACCCUCUCCUGCCCUUUCCCACCCUCUCUCAGCUUUUGGCCCCACCAGGCUGUGGGCAGGAGGAAAGGAGGGGACAGAAGGGGUGGGCUGGGUGUGGUGACGGAGGCUGAAGGCAGCCGGCUCCACAGUGCCCCAGUGUGAUGCCAGUGGAGCUACACUGGCACGGGGACGGCAGACCCGCUGCUGCUCUCCCAGACCUGCUUGGAUGCUGAGGAUGAGGGAGAUGGUGCCUAUCCCACCUGGGCAGCCUGGUGGGGUGGGAAAAACAGCCUGCCCUGGUGCUCCUUGCGAGGUCUCAGGCACUGGCCCCGCUGUCCCACGGUGCUAGAGCCAGCCCUGCUCUGUCCCUCAAUGUGUUGUCACUCAGGGGUGUGAUUAAAGUAUGAUUUAACCCUG